CUCCUCAGCAUCCUUCCUUUCAUCCUUUGCAAACGAGGGUAGUCUCCUUCCCUCCUCAGCAUUCUUCCUUUAGCCGCCUCGCCGCAUUAGCUGAACUCCAUCCUUAGCCUGACCACCUAGCUGUCGUCUUUGUAAGGUAUAUGAACAAUGCCCAGUGUCACGGUGAAAGAUGUCAACCAACAGGAUUUUGUCAGGGCUUUGUCAGCUUUCCUCAAAAAGUCUGGCAAGCUGAAGGUCCCAGAAUGGGUUGACACUGUGAAGCUUGCCAGGCACAAGGAGCUGGCUCCCUGUGAUGACAACUGGUUCUACACCAGAGCAGCCUCCACGGCUCGUCACCUGUACCUGCGUGGAGGGGUCGGCGUCGGCUCUAUGAUCAAGGUCUACGGAGGGCGGCAGAGGAACGGGGUAUGCCCCGCCCACUUUAGCGUGGGCUCCAGAAACGUGGCGAGGAAGGUCCUGCAGGCUCUGGAGGGCCUCAAGAUGGUGGAGAAGGACCCAAAUGGUGGACGAAGACUCACCCCACAGGGCCAAAGAGAUCUGGAUCGGAUUGCUGGUCAGGUAGCCUCAGCAAACAAGAAGCAGCGAAGUUUACAAAGCGCCAUCUGAGGAAUGCAUGCAAAGAAUCCAGACAUAAAAAGAGCUGAAAUGCCUUAUUGCUUAUUUACUCAAGUUUGCUUGUCUCCCAAAUCACUCCAGCAGCCACAGUAACUGAGUGCAAGAGGCGUUUCACAGAGAUGCAUGAGUCCAUAGUACAAUAAGUAAAAAAAUAAAAAAAGUAUUAUACAUGGAUGUUUUGCAACACUUUCAGGUUAGUUUUUGCUUGAUUUAUGAAUUUGUAUAUCAAUGCACUGGUGGCCUUGUGAGAAUAAAACACAGACUGUAGCAAAAGCACUGAGUAUAAAGUAUUACCAAGCAAGAGCAUGUUUAUAUUGUUAUGCCAACAACUGUGAAACUCAAUGUAAAAAGAAAACCAAAUGGAUGAAAUGAAUGCUAAUGUAUAUUUUUUAUUUUAUUAGUUACUUAGUUUUUUGGUCACAGAAUGUUAUUUCUUAUCAUGUUGAUUAUGAGAUGUAAAUGAAUGGCACAGAUAUCCAAUAAACUGAAUAUGAGCACUGACAA